GGGGGGCCAGGAGGGCGGGCUGCCCCAUCGGUGACCCACCGCGCUCCGGACACGGGAGAGUAGCCGACAGAACCGCUAAUCGUCGCCUCUCCCAGCUCGCUGCCGCCAUGGUCCAUAUCAGCAAGGCGGAGUCGGGAGAUUGGCUGACCGCCUACCUCAAAUACUUACUCUUCAUCUUCAACCUCUUGUUCUGGGUGGGCGGGGCGGCGGUGACGGCCGUGGGCGCCUGGAGCCUGGUGGAAAAGAGCCACUACCUGAGCGUCCUGCCUUCCAGCACCUUCGCCGUCUCCGCCUACAUUCUCAUCUUCGCCGGGACCCUCGUCCUGGUCACCGGCUUCCUGGGGUUCUGCGCCGUGGUCCGCGAACAGCGGGACUGUCUGUCUGUGUAUUUCUGCCUGCUGCUUGGCAUCUUCCUAGUUGAACUGGUGGCUGGGGUCCUCGCGCACGUGUAUUAUCAGAGGCUGAGCGAGGAACUCAAGCAGCACCUGAAUCGGACUCUGGUGGAGAGCUACGGUCUGCCCCGAGCCCAGGACAUCACACACUCAGUCGACCGGCUGCAGCAGGACUUCAGAUGCUGCGGCAGCCACAGCUCCGCCGACUGGCAGUACAGCGCCUACAUCCGAUCGCCCGAGGCCCCGGGCCGUGGCGGUACCGACAGCUGCUGCAAGACCCUCGUGGAGCUUUGUGGUCAGCGGGCUCACCCCUCGAACAUCUACAAGGUGGAGGGCGGCUGCAUCUCCAAACUCGAGCAGUUCCUAGCUGACCAUCUCCUCCUCAUGGGCGCCGUGGGCAUUGGCGUCGCCUGUCUGCAGAUCUGCGGGAUGGUCUUCACCUGCUGUCUCCACCGCCGUUUUCAGCUGGAGUCGUACUGAGGGUCAGCAUCGGGGCCGAGACACCGCAGCCCCCACACCCUCUGCUGCCAUCCCUGCUCGCUGACGGAAGGAUGACAGAUGUAUCUCUGGUAUCUUGGAAGUCGCCGCCCUCAGAGCUCACUGGGGAAUACUGCCGUAAUUCCCCACCUAUGAGAGGCAGCGCCAAAUGCCAAGUUGGUUUCCGCCCAGGAAACAAAUUUUAAAUCGCCUUAAAGUUGAGCCGCAACAUAUAAGCUGCCAACUCUGCUCAGCCCCCCCCCCCCAGCCCUGCUUUGAUGGGUACCUUACAGGUGGGACAUUAUGGUACUGGCUCCAGCCUUGGCCCCGGACCCCACAGUCCCUUGGCCCCUUUUCCACUCUGCUGGUGGCCUGCUCUGCCUCCAAAUCCCCUACCCUGCUUUGUCGGGCACGUUACAGGUGGGAAUUCCGGUACUGGCCAAAGCUCUGGCCUCCGACCCUACGGUCCCCUGGCCACUCCCCACCUUGCUGGAGGCCUGCUCUGUCUCUCCCAACCCCACCCUACCCUCCACUCCAGCCCCCUGCUUUGACAGGUGCCGUUAUAGGUCAUUAUGGUACUGGCUCCAGCCCUGACCCCUCAGCCCCCGGCCAUUCCUCACCCCACUGACAGCCUUGCUCCUUCCCACACGCCCCUUCCCCUUCUUUCCCCCCCCUCCUUUUCCUCAGCCCCAAACCGUUCCUUUCCCCUACCCCUUUUAACGUCCCCAACCUCCCCUCCACCGACCCUUUAUGGACUUGUCACGUUGGGCUUUCCUGGACGCUCCUCAACCCUAGCCCCUGCCCUUGCGCCAGCCAUCCACCAACAGUCUGUUCCCCAUCUGUCCAUCUGGCUGAGCCCCUCUCCCGGGGUCAGGCGAGCGGCUUCUUUUCCUCGGUUCCAAAUUUAGGCGACUCCCGACUCCCCGCAGAUGCCCCCACUGCCCCGAAGUACCUAGCGUUGUCUCGCCUCCCUGGAGUCCAUCUUCCCUGAUGUGUGUCUCAUCAACCCGUUCCUCCAUUCUCAAUCUUGGAACCCUUUGACCAGGUCAAAAUCUCACCCAUGGAUUUUUUCCCCAGGGUCUAGUAACAGUGUUCUGCACACAGUAGGCACUGAAUAAGAGAAUGUAUGAACGAACAAUCCAAAAACAAAUAUUCCCAGCCAGGUCUCUACCUCCAACUUAGCCAAAUGCCUUUUCAUUUGUUGCUGGACACAUUUCAAGCUUCCGAAAUGCAGAGAGGAUACUGAGUAACCCUCCAAAAGGAUGCGUUUAGUCAUUGCAGGCCCUCAGCAACAAUAUCCCUAAACGACACUAAAACCACAUCUUUUUUUGGUAUUCCAAUUUUUAGCUCACGUCGGCCCUUAACUUGUACUUGGUCUGCAGCCCCGUGGAGCUCACAACCUAAAGUGGGAUGGCACCCAAGCCCUUUGAAAUUUGACUUCAUUUAAUUCCACUUAUUUCGCAAAUAACCAGGUUUGGAUUUCUGUGCCACAUAAUUCUGCCGCUUUGAAGCACUUCCCCUCCACGACACAUGAUCUGUAGAAACACACAUACAAAUGCAGAACCCCCACAAACCACCAUGGGAAACACAGUUAAAAUCACAAAAUCCUUUCAGUAGAAAGGAGCCAUCACAAAAGAUGCACAUUCCGACACGAAACACAAAUCCCGUGGUUUGUGAGAAGCAGCGUGGCUCAGUGGUAAGAGCACGGGCUUUGGAGUCAGAGGUCAUGGGUUCAAAUCCCGG